CGCGAGACUUGGGCACGAAUACGGCUCAGAGUCAUGUUGAUGGAAAAAACCGAAAUGCUGCCAAUGUAAGUGACUCAUUACAAAUAUGGCUCUACACGGUAAGAAGAUAAAGACGAAAAGAGCACACUUUUUUGAUGUAAUACCUUCUGGAACUGCGAAAGCACGAGAAGAAGAAGUGGAUGAACUGUUUGUAUUCGGUUAUGCGGCUAAACUCUUCCGCGAUGACGAAAAAGCUUUGUAUAUUGAACGAGGAAAACACUUAAUUCCAUGGACAGGCGACGAAAGUUUAAUGAUAGACAGAUAUGAUGGACGAGGGUACCUCCAUGAUCUUUCAGACUAUGAUGUUGAUGCCUGGAAUGUAGAGCACCAGUUAUCUGAGGAAGAAUCUCGAAUUGAAACUCUCUGUGAUGAAGAGCGGUAUUUAGCGCUUCAUACCGAUUUACUUGAAGAGCAGCACAGACAAGAGGAAGAAUUAAAAAGAUUAAAUGAAGCUAUAGCGUCAUCAGAAAGUGAAUAUUCGGCAGUAGGUUUUAGUUACGAUGCGCUUCCUAGCUCAUCUUCAUCAAGUUAUGCUGUAGACACAUACGAUCCAACGCAACCUACAGACGACUAUGAAGAUGAAGCCAAUAAAGAAAAUCAAGAAAAAGAAAGUACAUCUGUUCCUGAUGAAGAACCAUUUGUUCCACCUAAUGGGUUAGAGAUUCCCCAAGAUGUGGAAGUGCCUGCCACUGCCAAGACGCAUGCUAUCAUUGCCAAGACUGCCCUAUUUGUCAGUAAAAAUGGCACACAAAUGGAGAUUAUACUCAAAACGAAGCAAGCUAAUAACUCACAGUUUGGAUUUCUAUCCUUUGAUCACUACUUGAAUCCAUAUUACAAAACUGUUUUAAAAUGUAUUAGAUCAGGGAAAUACACAUACAUCCCACAAGCGUCAGAAGAUAAAUCUGAUGAACUGGAUAAAGAAAAAGAUAAUCAUCGUAAAUCAAAAGAUGAUGAUGCUAGUACUGAAGAUGAAGAAAGUGAUGCAGAUGGUAGUGGUUAUUUACAUCCAAGUUUAUUGGGAUCUAAGAAAACUAAGUCACCAAAGAAAACUGAUGCACCGCCGUGGCCAAUUGGAACCCUAUAUCCACUACAUCCACUUACAGGCUUAGGAGAAGGGUCAUUAAUGGGUCCUUUUGGGCCAAUAAUACCACCUCCACCAAUGAUUACAAGUACAGCAAAUAACUCAGGGACCACACCAGCAAUCUUGGCACCACCUCUUCCACCAUUUCUACAUGUUGCACACGAUGGCAGCUGUGUUCCACCUCUGCCACCACCUGCUGAUCGAGUCACAGUGCCAACUUUCAGUCAAGCAUCAGCUGGGCUAACAGCGUUAACGGCAGCACCUCCACCACCACCACCUCCAGAUGAACCUGAUGACCUUUCUACAUCAAGCUCAUCAUCCAUUCCAGCCAUUGUUCCUCCUCCCCCUGAUGUACAACCAAUUAUAGACAAAAUGGCAAAGUACGUAGCUAAGAACGGAGCUGACUUUGAAGCAACUGUUCGUGCUAAGGCUGAUUCAAGAUUUGAAUUUUUACUUCCAUGGCAUAGUUACCAUGCUUAUUAUGAGUACAAAAAAAAACUUUUUAUUGGAGAUACUGAAUCGGAAAUACAGGGACAAAUAGACUUUGAAAAUAAGACAAAAAAAAUUCCAGGCCCGGUCAGUUUUUGUAUCAAACAAAAAGAACUGAAGAGCGUUUCCUAGAAACCAGGAGUGCUUACUUAGUGGAUGGGAGAGUAGUGGAUCUGAUGAAAAUGAUGAUGAACAGAAGAGGGCAAAACAUGACAAUAAUUUUCAAAACCCUGAAGCAAUACAUUUAGAAGAGAGACCAAAAAGACCGUCCCUCUCAGCUCAAGAGUUGGAAGCUAGACAAGCAAAACAUAGGCUCGAAGAUAAAUUAGCUGCUGCAGCCAGAGAGAAACUAGCACAAACAUCCCGAGAGCGACAGUUACAAUUAGAAAGAAAGAAAAAGGCUGCUAUGUUUAUAAGUAUGAUAAAACCUCCAGCAGUUGCAACAUCUACAGGGACUCCAGACAACACAGC